UUUUCGUUCGCGGACGCUGGCUUGGCUGAUAAGCCGAUCACUAAAAGAUGACCACGGCAGGUCUCAAUGUUGUCGCCUUGAUUUCUGGCGGCAAAGACUCGUUCUUCUCGAUCCUCCAUUGUCAAGCGAACGGCCACAAAAUUGUUGCCCUUGCUAACCUUCACCCGCCGGAACAAGAUGACGGACCUGUCGACGAUCUGGAGAGCUACAUGUAUCAGACUGUUGGGCAUGCUGUGAUUCCACUGUACGAGCAAGCUAUCGGUCUUCCGCUAUACCGUCAGCCGAUCGCUGGCACUGCUGUCAAUCAGGCGAAAAGCUACGGACCAAGCUCGACAUCUGGCGCUCAAGAUGAGGACGAGACCGAAUCGCUUCUUCCACUACUGAAGAGAGUCAUCGCCGCACAUCCGGAAGUGAAUGCAGUGAGCUCUGGUGCCAUUCUUUCGGACUACCAGCGUACUCGAGUCGAAUCAGUGGCGCUGCGUAUUGGUCUGACUCCGCUGUCAUAUCUGUGGCACUGGCCCUCACUACCACCACACUCUCCAACAUCACUUUUGGAGGACAUGGCGGCCGUGGGACAGGACUCGCGUAUUGUUAAGGUGGCAUCUGGAGGCCUGGACGAUCAGUUCCUUUGGUCCAACGUCGCAGAUCGAAAGACCAUUGCUCGCUUGUCCAAGGCUGCUCAAAGAUUUGGCUCGCCGGGUGAUGGUGCUGUUCUGGGCGAAGGAGGUGAGUAUGAGACUCUCGCUGUGUAUGGCCCUGCGUCCCUGUGGAAGGGCCGAAUUGUCGUUCCCGAUGAUGGCUUUGAGAAAGUCCCGGGCGAUGCAGGAAGCUUCUCUAUGCACAUCGCUCAGCCAUCUGUUGUCUUUGAUGAUUCCUGCGCUACGGUCCGUGCGACGAGUCUGCGAAUCCCACCUCUGCUCGACGCCCGAUUUGAGGAACUCCAGAAGUACACAUCGGUGAAACAGCAAGACAGUACGCCGGCGGUGUCUCACACACUUACAACUUCAAGCCGCACCGUAUCUGCUAGCAUCAACUAUCAAGUUUCUCGGCAUGGCUCCGCGGUCGUGAUCUCUAAUCUGCUCGGCAUAGGCAACACUGCAGCCGAACAGACCAGAUCCAUCAUGCAGCAGAUGAUGGAGCUUCUCACAAAGCAGGGUCAUGGGCCGAGAGAAGUCGCCUACACAAUAAUCGUCCUCCGCGAUAUGGCUGACUUUGCGGCCGUGAACACCGUGUACGGCAGCUACUUCCAGCACCCGAACCCUCCCGCGAGAGUCACAAUCGCAUGCGCAGAUGUCUUGCCUUCAUCUUCGCUACUCAGCAUCAGCAGUACUAGCGCUUCUGGACCGCGAGAAGGACUUCAUGUCCAAUCUCGAUCAUACUGGGCUCCUGCAAAUAUCGGCCCGUAUUCCCAGGCGAUCAAAUUCUCGAUAGGCGCCAACGAUGAUUUUCCUUCUGCUUCAGUAUUCAUCGCUGGACAGAUUCCGCUCAUUCCUGCUUCUAUGGAUCUCCCUGUUGGGGCAAAUCUGUCCGAUGAGGCGAAAUUCGUACAGCAAUCGGUCCUGGCGCUGCAGCAUCUCGACAGAAUCGGUAUUGUGAUGGGAGUAAAGCAGUGGACUUUCGGCAUUGCUUUCGUUUCCACCUCUGCUCUGGUUGAGGUAAAUUCCACGGGCAAGGCACGGGUAGCCCAACAACUGUGGGAUGCUUUCCACCGUCCUUCGGCGCCAAAAGAAGCGUCUGCGGAUGAAAGCGAGGACUUCGACAUUUGGCAUCUCAAGCACGGCGGAGGCAAUUCUCCAUGGCAAAAGAAGGACGCAGAGGAACACACCAGUUUGCUCGAACAGACCCGCAGUCUGCCUGCUCUUGUCGUCAUUGGGGUUGAUCAACUUCCUCGCAAUUCUGCCAUUGAAUGGGUCGGUUGCGGAAGAACAUUUGCAGGAGAUGGAGAUCCACAGCUGUUCCACUUGCAGGCAUUGCUCCACUCUUUCCAGGGACGAAAACUAUCGCUGUCUCUGCAGACAUGAAGGACGCCUAUCGGACCGGUCUGGCGGGAUGGUCGAUGCGGUGAAGACACUGAUCCCUGGCUCGAACUGAUGCAAACUCUGCGUUGGCAUUCAACGUACGACAGCAGCUGCUACCAGGGUUUCUCACGUGUUGGGUUAGCAGUAGUGGUCUUGGUGUGCAGGUCGAGCAUCGAUUGCUGGCAAUGUUGCCCCGCAUCAUUCUGUGCACGUCCACAUCACCCCGCUUCCGCCUCAAGGGCGUCACAUGGCUCCACUCGACCACCUUGCUUCGGACCACCUGCUUCAAGCAUAGUCAGACUGGUCGAUUCGUCUUCCUUGACAUGCAACAU